AUGACGUCAUCAAUUGUUCAGCAAUGCCACCACGACAGCGGCUCACAAACACUGAAGACAACGACGCGACCACAACAACAACCACAAGGAGCAGCCAUGACAUCCUGUCAAUUAGAGACGAAGAAGUACCGCCAAUGCCUGAAAGACACAGGAGGCAGCGGAUGCGGGCGAUCCUGUCUCAAGCAAGCCAAAGCUUUGGAAACAUGUCGAGAAAAUUGGCGGAAGGAGAAGAAGCUGGUGCAUCAAUUUGAUGGCCGUCGGUUUUUGCCGAACAAAAAAUGCAAACUCCUCAAUCAAGAAGUUCAAAAGUGCAUGAAAUGGAAAAAGGGCGAUCAAUCGAAGUGUGAAGAACCAAUCCAAAAGUUGAAGUUAUGCAUGGAUCAGGAGCAAGAUAUUCUAGCAGCACCCACCGCAGGAGACAAGGUCUGGUCCGACUACAAGGGGACUCGCUAG